AUGACAAAUCCAAAUCCUUCCGGACUGGAUCAGAGCGCGUUUUCUAGUCUAGCUGAGUAAGUUUGACAUCUUUCUUAUCUUAAAACAUAGUUAUAUAUGAAGUGAAUGUUUAAUAACAAGAUAAUAUAAACUGAAAUUACUUAUAAAAAAAGUUUAUUAACUUGUUAUUUAUUAUAAUAUAGCUGUUAGACAUUAUUAUUCUUCACCUAUUGCGAAUUUUUAAUAUUUAAAUUAAAAUAUAACAUGAUUUAUACUUUUUAACUAAUAUAUAAAGUAAAUUUUAUAACAAGUGAACUAUUCAAAACUGUAAAAACUCAAAAAACAAAUUUUUGUCCAACGGAAAAUAGUUUUCAUGACAGAUUUUCUAGAAAAUCCAAGGCAACUGACGGAUUUUCUAGAUUUUUAAUGUUUUUUUUAACUAGUAUUUAACAUACAGCUAUAUAUAUGUAAAUAUAAGUAAUAACGUUUAUUUUUUCAGUGAUUGGAGAGUCCCGACCUUAUUCAAGUGCACCUUAACCAUCUUUUUCGUGAUCCAUUUCGUUGCAACCGUAUCGCUGACUCCAGGAUUGCCAGUGAUUGACGAAGUUCGACGAUGGUUUGCUAUUGUCGCUGUGCAAACGGCGGUUUACACGUUGGGGAUGAGAGGAAUCUUCAAACCUGAUGCUGCUUUUAUCAAAUACUUUGUCAUUGCUCUGUUGUACUUGAUGAUGAUGGAGACGAUCAUUGCUGCGUUGAGUUUUGUCACUUUCGAGUAUCUUUACGGAUCGGUUUUGCUUGUUUACGCUGUUUUGCAGGUAAGGGAAGGGAGAAGAUGGGUGGGAUAAGGUAGAGUAGGAUAAGGUAAGGUAGGACAGAGCAGGGUAAUAUAGGGUAGGGCAGUGUAAGGUAAGGUAGGUUACGAUAAGGCAGGGUAGAGUAAGGUAGAGUUAAAACUUUAAUUUUCAAAUCUUGAAUUUUCAGUUUAUUCUGCUGAUAUUAACCUUGGUAUUCCGUAAUGAACCAGCUCCGAAGUUUAUGUUAUACCUUUGGCCGUUCCGUGACGCUGGAAUCAAUAAACAUCCAUUAGAAUCUCCAAAGUAUAAUGAUGAUGCAAUUUCAACUGUUUUCACAAAUAACAAGAGUAAAGCUAAUACUUUUACUCUGCGAACACCUACAAAGAGUACCAGUUCGUCGGAUAUGAUUCAAAAUAAGUAGGUUUUUUGAGUUUUAUAGUUGAAUUCGAAAUUUAGGCUUGGAAAAGUUGCUGUGAGGACGGAUAAUGUAUUAGCCCUACUUUAAAAAAUUAUUUUAGAGACUCAUCAGCCGUCUGGAGUGCAGGAGAAACGAUCUCCAAUCCCCUGACCAGAGUGCCAUCGAUGGAAAAUAUGGCCACGGGCGAAGAAAGGACCCCUACUUCAAAGUGCUCAAAGAGCACCGCCUCCAACUGUCGAUGCGUUGAUUGUGUGGCCAAUUGCAGUGUCUGUAAAGAGCAUAAUCUUCACAGCUCGACUGGAAGUGACAUGAAUACGGCGCAAGAGAAGAGUAAUUCUACUAUGACGCUCAAUGAUGGUAUAGGAGGGCUAAAUGGCAUGGGAAGCACUGUCAAUGAUGGUAUAGGUAUGCCUAGUAACACGGGAAGUCAAACUGGUAGUAUGAUAACUGCAGACGAAGGUAGAAGUAAUAGCAGUACGACAACUCAAGGUGAUGGUAGACAAAAGGAAAGUAUGACAACUCAAGGUAAUCGUGAAGGUAGGCAAAAUGGCAGUUCGACGAUACAAAAUGGCACGGCAGGACAAGAUAGAGGUCGUUUGGACAAUAAUAAUCGAGUGUUUGAGUUCAAAGAUAGAAAUGCAAGUGGAAGUGGUAAAGGCAGUGCUGCUCGUAAUAGUACUAGGCCAGCACAAGGUGGAGAACUUGGUCAAAAGGCUAAUGCUAGUGAAGAAAAUAGAAUUUCAAAAGAAUCUGGACAAAAAGCUAGAAAAGAUGGAGGUAUUAGUGGCCAAAAUGAAGGUAAAUCGCUUAAAAUGUCACUUUUGAUUGAAUUUUUAUUUGAAUAACGGGUUUAAGGUGUUAAAUUUAAUUUUUUGAAUUUAAAACCCUUAUUUUACGAUUUAAAAACUUUCUCAGAGGUUUUUAAAGCGUUAUGCGACUUACAAGUUAAUUUAGAUCCAAACAGCCCGAACCCAAACAGCACACCCACAAAUACCCUAAAGGCAACUUCACCUCGAAGGAUACAAAGUUCAGAGAAAGGCCCAAUCAGACAGAAACAGACAAAGGGUAAAGAUAAUGAAAUGAGGAAAAUCAAAGUUAAGGCUACACUGGCAAUUCCAAAACAAGAUGGACCACAGUAA